ACACAGUUCAGUUCAUGACGUUAAAAAAGGUUUUAUUUUGGAGCUCUAAGCUCAUUCUUUGAUGGGAUCUUUGGCUAGCAAAAGUAGUAGAAUGACUGUUUCCAAAAUGGCGAAUGCUCAAGAAAUCAGGGAAUUUAUCAAACAAGCUAUUACUGAGGAAAAAGUAGUUAUAUUUUCGAAAACCUACUGCCCUUAUUGUAAACUGGCUAAGGACGUAUUUAACAAAGUGAAGCAACCAUUCAAGGUGUAUGAGUUGGAUGAGCGUGAAGAUGAAAGUGAUUUCCAGGACAACCUGGCUAUACUGAAUGGUUUCAGAUCUGUACCUCAAGUGUACAUCAAUGGCAAGUGCAUAGGAGGCGGCACUGACGUCAAGAUCUUGUAUGAAACUGGCAAGCUGGAGCCCAUGCUCAUUGGUUAAAUUACAUCACAAAUAUUCAGGAAAAAAAAAAGAAUAAUUACUUACAAAAAUGUAAUAUUUAAAUAUUUGUAAAGAUUUUUCAAAUAGUACAAGUAAUAGUAACUUUCAUUAUUUAAUAUUUUUUGUUUUAAAUAUUGUGCUUAUAUGAAUCUUGUAAUGCUAAAAACAGUGUCUAUGUAGAUACUGUUUUUGAAUUUCGUCACCAUACUUACCAUUCAAGAUUGUUUUCAUUUUUUACUAUAUUUUUUACAAAUAAAACAUUAAUUCAAUUCC